AUGUGCGCAUGCGGACGCAUCCGUGUGGUCAGGUGCUUGCGCGUGCGCCAGCCCUUACGCCUCUCCUGCUCAAGCUCUGGCGCCAACAGGCGUCAAGUGCCGGUAGCCAUUGCGAGAGCAGUGGCUCCGCCCUUGUACCGGGUCCUCUACCGCAUGGCUUCCCUGCUCUUCUGCUCUUAUGCUGGGCCUGAACCUUCGCACACAGUCUCCACCCUCCUCUUGCAGCUGCUGCUGCAACUACUUCUACCCUCCUCUUGGGACGCAGCCACGUUGCGCAGGCCCCCUAACGGCGAGGGUCUCACCUUGAGCCGUGACAUGGGUAGGCAGUGGUUGAGGGCAGUAUGCGGAGGCCGGCCAGCCCCCGCGGAGCUGCCCCUCAUGCACACCACUCUGCUCCACGCAGCCUGUGGCCAGCGUUAUGUGCAGGGAAAGGUCCUGGGCGGUAUGGACGCCCCGGAGAAAAAGUGGCCAUGGCAGGUCAGCGUGCACUACAGGGGCUUCCACAUCUGCGGUGGGUCCAUCAUCGAUGAGUACUGGGUCCUGUCGGCAGCCCACUGCUUCGGCAGGAACAGGGAUAUGGAGGCCUAUGAUAUGUAUGUGGGCCUUGUGGACCUCAUGGUUGCAAGCAGUCACACCCAGUGGUUUGAGGUGAAUAAGGUGAUCCUGCAUGACACAUAUGAAGCACACCACCCUAUCGGAGGUGACGUUGCUCUAGUGCAACUGAAAACUCGCAUUGUGUUUUCUGAUGCUGUACUCCCCAUCUGCAUUGCCACCCCAGACGUGAGCCUUCAGAACCUUACCUGCUGGGCUACAGGAUGGGGAUUCAUCUCCCAAAAAGGUGACUCCUCAGACCACCUGCAGGAGGUACAGGUGCCUCUGAUCCCGUUGAUCCUGUGCCAACUGCUCUAUGGACAACCAUCACUAAUUCAGCCAGACAUGAUGUGUGCCGGGGACCUCAUGAACAUGAAGACUGUGUGUGAGGGUGACUCUGGGGGCCCACUCGUCUGUGAACUCAACCGUAUCUGGGUGCAAAUUGGAAUAGUGAGCUGGGGCCGUGGCUGCUUGUUCCCCAUGUAUCCUACAGUAUAUGCCCGAGUCUCCCAUUUCUCAACAUGGAUCCACCAUCAGAUAGCACAUACACCCCCACCUCUUCAGCCAUUCUCCAUACUCUCCUGCACUUUGGGGACCUCUGUCAGUGUCCUUGUGGCCAUGAUGGCCUUCCUGCCAAUGUUGUGA